AUGAAGCUCCUCUACCCGACCUCGCUCAAGCUCGACGUGCAGAGCCUCGAGGGGUUCUCGGUGGAUCUGCAGCCGUAUGACGUGAAAGCGGCGGAGAUCCCGGCGGCGCACACGGACGCGGAGGUAUUAGUGACGUGGACGAACAGCGCGGCGAACCUGCGGGACGCGGCGACACGGCUAACGCGGCUGCGAUGGGUGCAGUCGCUGGCCGCGGGGCCCAACGACGUGCUGGCGGCCGGGUUCGCGCCGACGGUGGCGGUGACGACGGGAUCGGGCUUGCACGACCGCACCGUCGCCGAGCACGCCCUCGCGCUGCUGCUGGCCGCGGCGCGCCGCCUCGACGAAAUGCGGCUCUGGCAGGCCCGCCGCGCGUGGCCGGGCCACCUCGGUGGGGCGCAGCCCGACCGGCCGGCCGGGCGCUUCACCACGCUGCGCGACGCGCGCGUGCUCGUCUGGGGCUACGGCAACAUCGCGCGGACGCUGGCGCCGCACCUGACGGCGCUCGGGGCGCGCGUCACGGGCGUGGCGCGGACGCCGGGCGUGCGCGACGGCGUCGAGGUGCACGGCGAGGCGGCGCUGGCCGAGCUGCUGUCGCAGACGGACGCGCUGGUCAUGAUCCUGCCGGGGUCGGAGGCGACGCGCGACGCGCUGAACCGCGAGCGGCUGGCGCUGCUGCCGCGCCACGCGUGGGUGGUGAACGUCGGGCGCGGGACGAGCAUCGACGAGGACGCGCUGGCCGACGCGCUUGAGAAGGGCGACCUCGCCGGCGCCGCCCUCGACGUCUUCAAGACCGAGCCCCUGCCGGCCGAGUCCCGCCUCUGGGACGCGCCCAACCUCAUCCUCAGCCCCCACGCCGCCGGCGGCCGCCCCCAGGACGCCGAGGCCCUCAUCGCCGACAACCUCCGCCGCUUCAUCGCCGGCCAGCCGCUGCGGAACGUCGUCGACGUAUGA